AUGGCACAAGCAAGUGAUCAAGCAAUUAAGCCACAUGAAGAGCUAAACUCACAGUUUUUUAAGCUUCUGAGUGGACAUACCAUACCUGCUGUUGGACUGGGUACUUGGAAAUCUGGUUCCCAAGCUGUCAAUUCUGUGUUCUCUGCCAUUGUUGAGGCUGGCUAUAGGCACAUCGACACUGCUUGGGAAUAUGGUGUUCAAGAAGAUGUUGGACACGCACUUCAGUCUGCCAUGCAAGCAGGAGUGAAAAGGAAGGAUCUGUUUGUCACCUCCAAACUAUGGUGCGCUGAUUUGACCCCUGAAAGAGUUCGACCUGCAUUCACCAACACACUCCAAGAACUGCAACUUGACUACCUUGACCUUUACUUGAUUCAUUGGCCAUUUCGUCUGAAAGAUGGAGCCAAAAGACCUCCCCGUGAGGGAGACGUGUUGGACUUUGACAUGGAGGGGGUAUGGAGAGAAAUGGAGAAACUUGUGACGGAUAAACUUGUUAGAGACAUUGGAAUCUGCAAUUUCACUCUUAAAAAGCUUGGUAAACUUCUGGGUUUUGCUCAAAUAAUGCCUUCAGUUUGCCAGAUGGAGAUGCAUCCUGGGUGGAGAAAUGACAAGAUGCUUGAAGCAUGCAAGAGGAAUGGAAUCCAUGUCACUGCUUACUCACCACUGGGGUCACAAGAAGGUGGCAGAGAUCUGAUCCAUGAUCCAACGGUGGAUGGGAUUGCCCAGAAGCUCAACAGGACUCCAGCCCAAGUGUUGGUGAGGUGGGCCAUUCAGAGAGGGACAAGUGUCAUCCCCAAAUCAGCUCAUCCUGAAAGAAUCAAAGAAAAUAUUGAUGUUUUUAAUUGGGAAAUUCCAGAGCAUGACUUCAUUGCUCUUAGCAGCAUAUCACAUCAGAAACGAGUUCUAGAUGGUGAAGAGCUGCUUGUGAACAAGAGUGAGGGGCCCUACAGGAGUGUUGCAGACAUCUGGGACCAUGAAGACUAUUAG